AUGGCCGCAGGCACCCGGCCUGCCGGAGCCGCCAAUCCGGAAGCGGAGACAGCAGGGGCUGCAGCGCCCACGCCACGGCGGCAGGGGGCAGCCGCGGGCUGCGAGGCGGCGCGGGGAGGGGCGCGCGGCUUCCCGGCGUCCCGCGGGGCGGCCCUGGGGCGGCUGCGCUCCGGAGCUCGCGUGAAGGGCCGGGGCGUGGCGCGCGCGCCCCUCGCCCUGCUGGUCGGAGCUGGGUGCUGCUCUAAUGUGCAUCGCAGGCCCCGUGGGGCCUCCUUUAAUGUCUGUGGAGCCCUCUAG